UACUACAAAACUUCAUCUCAAAUCCACCCAAAAUAUGCAGGCCAAAGCUUGCCAUCUCCUCCCUACAAAGCUCCCCGCCGCCGCAUCACCACCUAAACUACCACCGCCAACGUACAACACCUCACAGCACAACACCAUAUCCCGCGCCGCCAUAUCCAUCGCAGCCCCCACCACCACUCCCCAAGAACUCUCCACAACAGUACAUGACCCUGUUGCACCAGACGACACCGUCACAGCUUUCUGGGACUACCAAUUCCUCUUUGUCUCCCAACGCGCCGAAACCACCACACCCAUCACCCUCCGCCUCGUUGACGGCGCGUUGCCCCACGAUUUUCCCUCAGGCACGUACUACCUCACGGGACCGGGCCUCUUCUCCGAUGAUCACGGAUCCACCGUGCACCCCUUGGACGGCCACGGGUAUUUGCGGGCGUUCAAAAUCGAUGCUGCCCGCGGGAAGGUGGAGUUCAUGGCUAGGUAUAUAGAGACGGAGGCGCAGGCCGAGGAGCGGGACCCCUCCACCGGCAAGUGGCGGUUCACGCACCGCGGCCCGUUUUCGGUGUUGAAGGGAGGGAAAAUGGUGGGGAACACCAAGGUGAUGAAAAACGUGGCGAAUACGAGUGUUUUACGGUGGGGCGGACGGCUGUUUUGCUUGUGGGAAGGCGGAGAUCCUUAUGAGAUUGAAGGUCGGACUCUGGCCACCGUCGGGAAAUUUAACUUAGCAGGUGAUCGGAAAAUGUCGCCGGAAGCUGAAGACGACGGUGGCGAAAGGUUCACGGCUGAUUUCUUGGACGUGGCAGCUAAAAUCUUGAAGCCCAUACUACAUGGAGUGUUCAAGAUGCCUCCCAAGAGAUUGUUGUCUCAUUACAAGAUUGAUGUGAGAAGGAAUAGAUUGUUGAUCAUGUCAUGCAAUGCGGAGGAUAUGUUACUCCCUCGUAGUAAUUUUACUUUUUACGAAUUCGAUUCCAACUUUAGGCUGCUGCAAAGCCAGGAAUUCAGCAUCCCGGAUCAGAUGAUGAUCCAUGAUUGGGCCUUUACGGAUUCUCAUUACAUAUUGUUUGGAAACAGGAUCAAGCUUGAUGUUGCAGGUUCAAUGAGAGCAGUGUGCGGGUUAUCUCCAAUGAUAUCAGCAUUAUCCUUGAAUCCAAGCAAGCCCACUUCUCCAAUCUAUUUGCUGCCUAGAUUUCCAAAUGCUCAGCCAAACAGGCUCGCCCGGGACUGGAGAGUGCCGAUUGAAGCGCCUUCACAGAUGUGGGUACUUCACGUGGCCAAUGCCUUUGAAGAGAAGCGCUUCGACGGAAACCUUCACAUUCAAAUCCAAGCCAGUUCCUGCUCUUAUCAGUGGUUCAAUUUCCAGAAAAUGUUUGGAUAUGAUUGGCAGAGUGGGAGAUUAGACCCUUCCAUGAUGAACUUGGAACAAGGCCAGGAAAAACUGCUCCCUCACUUAGUCCAGGUUAACAUAAGCUUGGAUGCCAAUGGAAACUGCCAAGAGUGUCGUGUAAACGAUCUAAACCAAUGGAACAGACCUUCGGAUUUUCCCGUCAUCAAUCAGGACUUCUCGGGCACCAAAAACACUUACGUCUAUGCAGCCAGUUCCUCCGGCUCACGCCAAGCAUUGCCACACUUCCCGUUUGAUACAGUCGUAAAGCUAGACACUGUUGAUAAGUCCACACGCACCUGGUCGACCGGUAGACGGAGAUUCAUCGGUGAGCCCAUUUUUAUCCCUAAAGGGAGCAAAGGCGAAGAAGAUGAUGGCUAUCUCCUUGUAGUAGAAUAUGCAGUUUCAACACAGAGGUGCUAUCUUGUUAUCCUGGAUCCAAAGUUGAUAGGGUGGAAGAAUGCUUUGGUGGCAAGGUUUGAAGUCCCUAGACACUUGAAUUUUCCUCUUGGAUUUCAUGGAUUUUGGGCUCCAAAUGUCUGCAAUGCUGUGUCCACCCAAGUCUCAAGGCCUAUUGCUCAAGAAUUUGCUCUGAGUUCAGCAAAUGCACCAUAUUAGGGAAUUGGUAAAUCUACCGGUUGUAUAUUGUAAAAUGGUGAUGUAUCUCCUAUUUUAUUUGAUAUUUAGGAACAUUAUAUGUGAAAUAGUAUAAAUGACAUGGAUUUUCUAUACAUGUCAUUUGUAUAUGAAAUGUAAUACCAUUUUUUAAAUAGAAAGUUGGAAUUGAAAAGCUGAUAUAGUUAGAGCAAUUGAUGCACUU